AUGGUUGGGAGCGUGCACGUGAACGGGUCCACGAACGGCGCCAACGGCACCGAGGAGCGGCUGGACGAGCUGCGCCGGCUGCUCGGCAAGUCAGAGGGCGACUUGCUCAAGAUCGUCAGCAUCGGCGCCGGGGCCUGGGGCAGCGUCUUUGCUGCUCUGCUGCAGGACGCCUACGGCCAUUUCAGGGAGAAGGUGCAGAUACGGGUGUGGCGCCGGCCAGGGCGGGCGGUGGACCGGUCCACCGCGGAGCACAUCUUCGAUGUGAUCAACUCGAGGGAGGACGUGCUGAGGCGCCUGAUCCGCCGGUGCGCCUACCUGAAGUAUGUCGAGGCGCGGCUGGGGGACCGGACCUUGUACGCCGAUGAGAUUUUGAGGGAUGGGUUCUGUUUGAACAUGGUCGACACGCCGCUCUGCCCGUUGAAGGUGGUCACCAACCUGCAGGAAGCUGUCUGGGAUGCUGAUAUCGUGGUGAAUGGGCUGCCGUCCACUGAGACAAGGGAGGUCUUUGAGGAGCUCAGCAACUACUGGAAGGAGCGGAUCAGUGUUCCGGUGAUCAUUUCUCUUGCCAAGGGGAUAGAAGCCUCCUUGGACCCGAUUCCUCGUAUCAUCACGCCUACGCAAAUGAUCAGUUCCGCAGCUGGAGUUCCAACUGAGAAUAUACUCUAUCUUGGAGGUCCAAACAUUGCCUCAGAAAUUUAUAAUAAAGAAUAUGCAAAUGCUCGAAUCUGUGGAUCCAAUAAGUGGAGGAAACCUCUUGCUAAGUUUUUGAGGCAACCACAUUUCAUUGUCUGGGAUAAUAGUGACCUUGUCACUCAUGAGGUGAUGGGUGGCCUGAAGAAUGUCUAUGCUAUUGGCGCUGGAAUGGUGGCAGCUUUAACAAACGAGAGUGCAACAAGCAAAUCAGUUUAUUUUGCUCACUGCACGUCCGAGAUGAUAUUCAUUACUCAUCUGCUGACAGAACAGCCAGAGAAACUUGCUGGCCCACUUCUGGCUGAUACUUAUGUAACUCUCCUAAAAGGUCGCAACGCAUGGUACGGGCAAAUGCUAGCAAAGGGAGAACUCAGGCUCGAUAUGGGUGACAGUAUCAAGGGAAAGGGGAUGAUUCAGGGUAUUUCUGCUGUUGGUGCCUUUUUUGAGCUGCUCAGCCAACCCAGCUUAAGUGUCCAACACCCAGAGGAAAACAAGCAAGUUGCUCCUGCUGAACUGUGCCCAAUUCUGAAGAGGCUUUAUAGAAUUCUAAUAAAAAGGGAGCUCCCAGUGAGAGACAUUCUCCAAGCCCUGAGAGACGAGACCAUGAACGAUCCGCGCGAAAGGAUCGAGAUGGCGCAGAGCCACGCGUUCUACCGCCCGUCUCUGCUCGGAAAGCCCUGACCUUGUUAGCCAGUGUACAUUAUUAGAGUGUAAAUAACGGUUGGAUUAGCUCCAGCCUGUCAUGCUUCACAUCAUUUCGAUUGAGCAAAGGUGUCUUCUGGCUUGCGUGCUUGGAUCCCAGGGGCCUUGAUUUGUGGUGUUGUUAGACUGUCAUGUUGUACAAGAGACUGUUGAGUCCUUAAAAUGUUACUUGGACAAUAAACAUGAGAGACCAUGAUUA